UCAAGAGAGUUGAGCCUCCAAGGAUCUGCUGGGAAGCUCUUGACAGAGGGAACUCUGGUGGAUGAAUGGCAUUGUUCCUUUUGGGAAAAGAUGAAAACUUUCUUGGUGGCUAUUUUGGCUACCAGCUAUUUCUCAUAUAUUUUUGGUCGCCAUCUAGUCAAGGGCGUUUCAUGCAGUUAUUAUCAAAGGACGUCUAUACAAAAGAAACAUACAUGCUCCAUAAGAGUCAGCCCGUUAUGUGCUUCUAAUAAUGUUACAUAUUCUAAUACCUGCGUGUACUGCUUCGCUAACAUAGCUUUGAAACUCACUCUUCGUAUUCAGUACAAUGGAAAAUGCAGAAAGACCGAAAAAGUCUGGGAUGUGACAUGAUUUUCCUUUGUCAGGAGUGAACCCAUCUGAAUUAAGCAUCGUUUUUCCUUCAAAAAGUGGAAUUCGUGGUAUUACUUUAUUUUCAAAAAAUUAAUAAAUC